AUGGCCAAGCUACCCAAGGUACCGAGACGAAUACCACCGAAGCCGCGCGGGGCGCCUACACCUCCCCCGCGAUCACGACCGCAGUAUCCAGGCCCCCGUGCCAGUCCACCUCAUCCCACACCGAAAGAAGCGGCGAAGCGAGUAUGGGAGGAGCGCCCGCGACUAUCAGAUAUUCGCAUGCUAUCCGAGGAGCAAAAGCGCGCACCAACAUAUAUAAACAGAGUCCAGCGAUGGCGACAGAUACCCAUCUUCCUCGGAGGGCUGACAGCCUUUGGCUUGGGACUCUACGGCGUCCAACUCUACUAUUCGAUUUCCAAUGCCGAAGCCCCUGAGAAUCUACCCGAGGACUUCAUCGACCGUUUCGACAAAGAGGCAGACGGCUACGAUGAGAAGGUCAACAUGGCGGAAACGCUGCUCCUGCUCAACAAGCGGCGGAAAGACAUGACCAGGAAGGCGCGAGGCCAUGUACUGGAAGUCGCUGUGGGUACGGGAAGGAAUAUUCCGUUUUACCCGACCAAGCAGUGCGCCACGGUGACGUUGCUGGAUUACAGCGCGCCAAUGCUGGCGGUCGCGAAGAGGAAGUGGAAAGAUACGCAUCCAGAGUACUUCAGUCGUGUCUUCUUCAAGCACCAGUCCGCACUUGAACCCAUAACGCCGCCGUUCGACGCGCAAGAGGGAUACGAUACUGUGAUCCAGACGAUGGGCAUAUGCUCAACGCCGGAUCCUGUGAGACUGUUGCAUAACCUGGAAGCUGCGACCAAAGAGGACGGCGGGCAGAUAUUGCUUCUCGAGCACGGCAAGUCGCACUAUCAAUGGCUCAACGAUCUACUUGAUAAAACUGCACCGAGUCAUGCCGAUGCUCAUGGGUGCUUUUGGAAUAAGGACAUUGGGGAGAUUGUCAACGAAAGCGGUCUUGAGGUCGUCAACAUGAAGCGAUACAAUCUCGGCACAACGUAUUGGAUAGAGCUUCGUCCAAGGAAAGGCAGGGGCUACAAACAAGCGCCGUCAGUUUCCCAUGCGGGUGUCGAUGGGAAUGUGGAGGCAAUUGUGUCACCUACAUCCGAGCCAGUGGUUCCACAGCGGCCGUGGUGGUCACUCUGGAGCUGA